AUGGAAAAACUGCUUUUGUAUCUGCUGUUCAUUGGCGUAGCAGUGAGAGCCCAGAUCUGCCCCAAGCGCUGUGUCUGUCAGAUUUUGUCUCCAAAUCUUGCAACCCUUUGUGCCAAGAAAGGGCUUUUAUUUGUUCCCCCAAACAUUGACAGAAGGACUGUGGAACUGCGACUGGCGGACAAUUUUGUUACAAACAUCAAAAGGAAAGAUUUUGCCAACAUGACCAGCCUUGUGGACCUGACACUAUCCAGGAAUACAAUAAGUUUUAUUACACCUCAUGCAUUUGCUGAUUUGCGCAAUUUGCGAGCUUUGCAUUUGAACAGCAACAGGUUGACUAAGAUCACCAAUGACAUGUUCAGUGGGCUUUCCAACCUGCACCAUUUGAUACUUAACAACAAUCAGCUGACUUUAAUUUCUUCCACAGCCUUUGAUGAUGUUUUAGCUCUUGAGGAACUGGAUUUGUCCUAUAACAAUCUAGAAACUAUCCCUUGGGAUGCUGUGGAGAAGAUGGUUAGCUUGCACACACUCAGCUUAGACCACAAUAUGAUUGACCACAUUCCUAAGGGGACUUUCUCCCAUCUCCACAAGAUGACCAGGUUAGAUGUCACAUCAAAUAAAUUGCAGAAGCUGCCCCCUGAUCCUCUCUUUCAACGAGCUCAGGUAUUAGCAACCUCAGGAAUCAUCAGCCCCUCUACUUUUGCAUUAAGCUUUGGUGGAAACCCUUUGCAUUGCAACUGUGAACUCCUGUGGCUGAGGCGUCUUUCCAGAGAAGAUGACCUAGAGACUUGCGCUUCUCCUCCACUGUUAUCUGGUCGGUAUUUUUGGUCAAUCCCAGAGGAAGAGUUCCUGUGUGAACCCCCUCUCAUUACUAGACAUACCCAUGAGCUCAGAGUGCUGGAGGGUCAACGGGCAACUCUGAGAUGUAAGGCCCGGGGGGAUCCAGAGCCAGCCAUUCAUUGGAUUUCACCAGAAGGCAAACUUAUUUCAAAUGCAACGAGGUCGCUGGUGUACGACAAUGGAACGCUAGACAUACUUAUAACAACUGUGAAGGAUACAGGCUCCUUCACCUGCAUAGCGUCGAACCCUGCAGGAGAAGCCACUCAAAUGGUGGAUCUUCACAUAAUCAAACUUCCUCACUUGCUAAACAGUACAAACCACAUUCACGAGCCUGACCCUGGCUCCUCGGACAUCUCGACCUCCACCAAGUCAGGGUCAAAUGCUAGUAGUAAUAAUGGGGAUACUAAAGUCAGUCAGGAUAAGAAAGUUGUAGUAGCAGAAGCAACAUCAUCCACUGCGCUACUCAAAUUUAAUUUUCAAAGAAAUAUACCUGGAAUACGUAUGUUCCAAAUCCAGUACAAUGGUACUUACGAUGACUCACUUGUUUACAGAAUGAUACCUCCCACGAGCAAAACCUUCCUGGUCAACAACCUGGCCGCUGGGACUGUCUACGACCUGUGUGUCUUGGCAAUCUAUGACGACGGCAUCACCUCCCUCACGGCCACCAGGGUCGUCGGGUGCAUACAGUUUACGACCGAGCAGGAUUAUGUCCGUUGCCAUUUCAUGCAAUCCCAGUUCCUGGGCGGCACCAUGAUUAUCAUCAUCGGUGGGAUUAUCGUGGCCUCCGUGCUCGUGUUCAUCAUCAUCCUCAUGAUCCGCUACAAGGUGUGUAACAACAACGGGCAGCACAAGGUGACCAAGGUCAGCAAUGUUUAUUCUCAGACCAACGGCGCUCAGAUGCAAGGCUGCAGUGGUGCGAUGCCCCCGUCGAUGUCCAAACAGGUCGUCGGGCAUGAGGAGAGCGUCCAGUGCUCCAGAGUCCCCACUGACAGUGUGACUCAGUCCUCAGACACUUGCUCAAGCCAGGACUCCACUACCACUACCUCUGCACUGCCUCACACGUGGACUUCCAGCGCGUCGGCCUCCCAAAAGCAGAAGAGAAAGCCUGGGCCAAAGCCAAGCAGCGAGCCACCGAGCGAAGCUCUCACAAAUAUCGAGUCCCAGAACACUAACCGAAAUAACUCCACUGCACUGCAGCUAGCUAGUCGUCCCCCGGCCUCUGCCAAAGGGCCCCCCACCUACAAAAGAGCACAAUCAAAGCCAAGUAAGUUUCUCACUUUGCCAGCUGAAACAUCCAGAGCAAAGCGCAGGUACUCCCUGAACGGAGAAUUAAUGGAAUACCAUUGGUAUGGUAACUCCCAGAACACAGGUGGAUUAUGGUCUAAAAGGAGCAUGUCUAUGAAUGGGAUGCUAAUUCAGUCAGACAAUUCUGAUGUGGAUAGUGGAAAAGCAACUUUCUCGAGUUCUGAGUGGAUAUUGGAAAGCACUGUGUGA